AUGGCAUUGAUACCACAGGAGAAAGCUGAUGCGCAAGCUGCCCUUCGGAAAGCAAUUGAGGAGCUGUCAAAGGAACUGGCUAAUCCACCAAAAAUUGCUGGGUUCGACGUGAUGGACGAGUACUCGGCAGAAAUAGUCGAUGAGCUGACUAAAAAAAAGGUCAGAAAACUGGAAAUUGACGAAAACAUGCCGAAGCUGCAGCUUGACCUUCUCUACGUCAAGAAGCGUCGAACAGGACUGGCUAAAUAUGCUAAUGAGCCAAAGCAGAGUUUUCGCUCCCGAAACGGGCCCCGUCAACAGGGAGGACGAUCACCCAAGCCUUCUUCGCCCAAGGCGAAUAGACGCCGAGGAAUCGCGGCUAUGGCCGAUGGACGACCGUCACGCACCUUAGGCUUCGUCACCCUACCCUUCCAGUUAGGAGGGGUGAAACGGGAUGUAGACGUCAUAGUGUUGCUCGCGUUAGACGCUGACUGCUACGUCGGGGCUAACUUUAUCAAUGCUUUUGGGACCAUCCAUUACCCUGUUGAUAGAGUCCUGGUGCUGAAAGGACCAGGUACCAAGGUCCCUCUAGAGGUAGUGGGCAUGACGGCGACCAGUGAGCGUGAAGCUCCCUUAGGAUGUACUACGUGGGUCGAGCACGAGAUUAAGGUCACGACCUCGCGACCCAUCAAGCAUAACGGCUAUCCGGUAUCGGAUAAGAUCCAGGAGGUAAUCCAUGGCCACAUAAGUGAGAUGCUCGAAAGUGGCGUGAUUAAGCGAUCCAACAGUGGCUGGGCAAGUCCCAUGGUAAUGAUACGCAAGAAGGAUGGGAAGUAUCGUUUUUGCGUCGAUUACCAGAAAAAAAACGCGGUGAUAAUCCCCGACGCGUACCCAUUGUCACAUAUGGAUACCAUCCUUCGCAAGCUGAGAAAAGCACGUUUCAUCUCAACUCUUGAUCUCAGCAGCACGUACCACCAGAUACCAGUAGCCAAGAAAUGGCUAAUCGAGAGCGUCAUUGGGCCAAAGCUCGAGCCCUAUGCCUAUGCCUACCUCAAUAACAUAGUAAUUGUCACUGAGACAUUCGAGGAGCAUCUCAAGUGGCUAGAGUAUGUGCUAAAACGCGUUCUUAAAGCAGGACUCAUCUUCAACCGAGGAAAGAGUGAGUUCUGUCAACCCGAGAACCUGAAACAACUUAGGUGGUUCCUAGGCAUGGUUUCAUGGUACCGGAAGUUCCUGCCAAACUAUUCGACGGUAGUAGAAUUGAUCAAUAGGCUGUUGCGUAAGGAUCAGCCGUUCAACUGGAAAGAUGAACAGCAACGAUCCUUCGAACAGACAAAGGCUUUGCUGACGUUCUUGGUAGUGCUACAACGACCCGACCCCAAGAGUCCGACACGCUUUAAGGUCGUGACCAAUCACAGCAGUCUCCAGUGGUUGGUUAGUAUUGAAGACCCGACUAGACGACUGUCAAGAUGGGCCAUGGAACUUCAAAGCCAUUGCUUCGAGAUUGAACAGUGGAAAGGGUCGCAAAACUGCGUACCUGAUGCCCUGUCACGACUGUAUCAGGAUGACGAGAGUGGCGCUGUGGCAGCGUUCAUGUGGGAACCCCCUGCUAAAGAUCCUUGGUACCAGGAGAUAGUACAAAAGGUACGGGACGACCUACGGGAUCAACUGCAAUGGAAAACCGUCGGGGAAUACCUGUAUAAAUAUCGCCCCGAUUCCACGGUUGACGAAGCUCUCGAUGACAUUGAAGCCUGGAAGCUGGUGGUACCUAAAAGCCAGCACGACCAAGUGCUUCAGGAGUGUCAUGAUACACCAUCUGCCAGCCAUCUUGGCCGUGAGAAGACGUUCGCGCGUGUCUUCCAGUUGUACUACUGGCCAGGAUACUAA